UGCCAGCCGCGGCCGCGUUCAGUGCAGUGCAGGCAACCCAGGCAACCCCAGGCAACUACCCGCAGCAACAUGGUGACCAACGUGCUCGUCGUCUUCCUGGUCUCGGUGGCGGUCGGCGGCGUGCUGGGCUACCCCUACCCGUACCCCGCGGACUACCCUGACAUCGGCGCCGUCUACUCGCAAUACCACGCCCAGGACGAGCUCGGCCAGUACAGCUUCGGCUACUCGGGCCCCUCCGCCGCCAAGCACGAGCAGAAGACUGCCGACGGCGUCACCCGCGGCACCUACUCCUACGUCGACCCUCUGGGCCGCCUGCAGACGCGCACCUACACUGCGGACGACGUGAACGGCUUCAGGGUGGCCGCCAGCGACCUGCCCGUGGGCCCCGCGCAGCCCGCCGCCCCCGAGCAGCUGUCCCGGGGCUCUGGCCUGCAGCCCGGAUACCGCGCGCCCUACAGGUGGUCCAUCACCAACGGAGCCCUGGACCCCGCCGUGGAGCAGCCCCUGAUCAGGAGCGGUUUUGCAAGCAACGGUGGGUACGUGACCAGCAGCCAGCCCCAGUACUACACCUCGUCGGCGGCCUACCCCGUGGAUCGGCGCUACGUCUCCGCCCCGCUCGCCCCCUACACCUACCGGAGCGCUGCCCCCGUGGCCCCGGUGGCGCCGGUGGCGCUGUCCAGCGGCCUCAGCUCGCAGUACCACGCGCAGGACGAGGCCGGCCAGUACACCUUCGGCUACGCCAACGACGUCGCCUCCAAGAGUGAGACCAAGACCCUCGACGGCGUGACCCGAGGCAGCUACUCCUACGUGGAUCCCAACGGCCAGAUCCAGUCCCGGAGCUACGUCGCCGACGAGGGUGGCUUCCGUGUCGUGGCCUCCGACCUGCCCCAGGCCCAGGUGUAGGCCGAGACGUCGUCCACGAACACGAACCAUCGCCCCAUGCACUCUUCACGCUUCUCAUCACCUCCCCGUCCUCGUUCGCGACCUCCGCGGGGCGACGGUCCAGCUAGCGGACCGCCGCGCCGCCCGGCCGCCGGUCUAGAGGCUUCCGAACUUCAUCGGGGGCCUUGGCGCUGCAACGCCGAAACUUCGGUCGAACUCCGACGAAGCCUCUGCCGGCGUCCCCGCGACACCCGCGACGCCCGCAGCAACACUUCUCUCUUCGCUGCAACAUCCUUCCUCCUUCCCCCGGGUAGUUGUUCUUGUUAUCAUCAUGCCGGCUAAUAAAGACGCUCUCUCGCUA